AAGUGUUUCGUUGUUUAUGUAAGGUUAUGUUAGGUUAUCUGUUAUGAAAAUUUAAAAAAUGAGCAGAAAUUUUCUUGUUUUAAAGUCUGUAUGUUUACAUUUUAAUUCCAAUUUUCAUACAUCAUGCUGUUAUCAAGUUGCUCCUCGACAAGCCGGAAACUUUAUGAAAAAAGUUAUGGGAGCUAUAAAAAAAAAAAAAGCAUAUUUUAAGGAAGAGGCCCCUAAUAUUACAGAUGCAUUUUCCAAGCCUUCGACAGGACAUAUUUCUACAAAUCCAAGAAGAGUAACAGUUUUAAACAAAUUGUUUAUGAGAAACAUUACUGACUUAAUGUCUACUGAAUUAUAUUCUUCCCAAUUACUUGGUUUGGGCGUAGAAAUCAAUAAAGUAAAAAUUAGUACAGAUUAUAAAAUUUUGAAAGUUUACUGGACUUCAGCAAAUAUUCAUCAGGAAACGGCAGAGGAGAUAUUAUUGAAAAACGCAGGGUUAUUAAGACAUGCAUUAUCUCAGUUGCGUUUAAUGGGAAAUGUCCCAAUAAUUCAGUUUGUAAAAGACAAGCAUUAUGAUAAAAUUCAUGAAUUAAACAAAAGACUGGCCAUUGCUGAUUAUGGAGAAGAUGGUCCAAGCAAUACAGACCCAGUAGCUCAUCUCAUUUCUGAGUUUCAACUCUCAAUGCCAAUUGAUGAUAAAUUGAAGGAACAACUUGUAAAAUUAGAGGAACAAAAUCCAUAUGAAGUGAAAGACCUGCAAUUACCUGCUAUGACCCACUGUGUUUUUAAUUUAGAUCAUGAGGAUAUUAUGAAUAGGGUAAAGAAAAAUAAUAGAAAGACAAGAAAUGCUGAUUCCUCCAGUAGAUCAGUGGAUGAAAGUUGGGCUAGUUUCAAAUUAAAUCAAUAUUCAAAUACAGAUCCAGUUGUAUUAGGAAAUGCAAAGUUGCAGAGGGAAGCUUUUAAUAAAUUUCUACAUCAGCGAAAUAUAAUGCAGAAAAAGUUAAAAGAAUCAAGGUAUGCUGAUGCAGAUACAGAUUUUAUUCGAGAAGAUAUCAAAUUUAAUAAUAGGUAUUUGGAACCAAAUGAUGUUGAUGAUGAUUAUAUAAUAGAAGAUACGGAAGACAGGAAACUAAAUGAUUUAUAUAAUUAAAAACUGAUCGAAUAAUAAAACACUUAUUGAAUUUUA